AUGGGCAAGAAGAGAAGUAAAUCCACUAGCGGAUCAAAGAAAAAUAACACAGGGACAAGUCCCAAGAAUUUGCAGCGUGAUGAAGAGGAAGUAGUGAAUGCUGACGAAGUUAAAGUUGACAAGGAAGAAGAAGAAGAAGAAGAAGAAAUCAGCGAAAAUAAUGAUAAAGUGACAGAAGAAAAUGAUAUUACGGAGGCAGAAGAGGUCAACAAAGCGCCGGAGGAAUCUAACAAACAAGUCAAUAAUAUAGAACCUAAUGAUAAAGACUUACGUAUUGCUUCCCUUGAACAACAGCUUGCCCAAGCGCAAAGUCAAUUGACCAGCUCCAAAGAACAAGCGGCAAAAACUCAAAACAAUUACAACGCAUUACUUAGUCGGAUUUCCCUGAUGAAAACCGUGUUUCAAAAGAUGAAAGAAGCCCAAGAACAAUUGACGGUGACCCAGGAUAAACUUGAAGAAGUCAGUCAGGAACAUGACGCUUCAAAAGACCGGUGUAUUCAAUUAGAACAAACCAACAAAUUGACGGAAUUGAAGUACCAAGAAUUGUUACGUAACCACAAUGCAGUAACCGAGGAUUUUGGGCAAUGCCAAGAAAUGAAUGAUAAAUUAAAUGACCAGAUCUACGAAUUGGAAACCAAAUUGGAAACCAUUGAUGGGGAAUGGCGGAAUAAAGUCGUGACAAUAGAACAAUCUUUGAAAGAACGAGAAAUGUUGGGGGAUCUGAUGCAAGAGAAAUACGAUGAGGUGGUGAUGGUGUUAAGCGAGGCCAAUGCUGUGAAGAAAGCAUUGAGCAACGAAGUACAAGAUUUGAAGAACUUGAUCAAUGAUAAGGGGGAAACCAUCGAUCGAUUAACUGGGGAGAUAGGGAUGUUGGAACGUACAAGGACCACGGAUUUACAAAAUUUACAGAAACGAUUGGGGGACAUGCAAAAAACUAACCAGGAACUAAGUGGGACGAUUAAUGAGAAGGACAAAUUGCUCGAUAAUAUGCAAAAGCAAGCCAUGACGCAGCAAGAAGAAAUUGAUGGGUUGCAAGCCAAAGCAGGAUUGGUGAAGAAGUUGGAACAAGAAGUUAAAGAAAAACAAUUACAGAUUGGUAAACUUAGGCACGAGGCGAUCAUUUUGAACGAGCAUUUGACCAAAGCGUUGGCGAUGAUCCAAAAGUCUAAAGAGAGUGAUAUGGUGGACAAAGAGUUGAUCAGUAAUUUGGUGUUGAAGUUUGUGGCAUUACCUCGAGGAGAUCUGAAGAAAUUUGAGGUGUUGAGUUUAAUUGGGAGUUUAUUGGAUUGGACAGGAGAGCAGAAAGUUCAAGCGGGGUUGAUUCACGAGGUGAAGUGA